UGCUCAAGAAGUGUUGUUCGAGUCGUAUCGCGCUCAAGCUUUUUUUUUUUGGUGCUCGUGUUGAAUCUGCCUCAAAGUUCGCGUUUUCAAUGGUUUUUUGAUUCGUAACCUGGAUCGUGUCUUACGGGAGGUUGCUUAACGAAGAUCAUUAUUUUCACCGAUCAACGGGUGAAAGGUUCCUAGUUGACCGCAGAGAAAGGCAGUGAGUGAGUGCAGAACGGGGGUUAAAAGCCGCGGUUCUAAAGUGCAGGUUGCCUGUAGGAUAAAUCCCCCAAAAAGCAGUGCGAUAAAGCGCGAACUCCCUGACUGAGUGUGGUUGCACUCAAAGAGGAUGUUGAUUCGUGCAAGCAGUAUUCGGCCAUCAAUGUGAGGAAAAGAAGUCGGCAGCGCAAACAAAAUCACCAACGAGAGAAGAGUACAGUGGAGUGUAGUGUAAAUAUUUUUGUUGAAUAUUUUCAUCCUACCGACGUAUCAAUUGAAUGCUAAUAUAGCGAAGUGCUUCGAUGUAUGCUGAAGUGUACGUGUCUGCCUAUGUGCACAUGGAGUGAUUCGAGUGCGGAUUUGGUUGAGAAUGAUCCGUUGACGUCACAUGCCGUAAGCAGUCGUGGCAAAGAUUGGAAUCCAGAGGGGUCGACGUAAUCACAGCCGAGAGAGAGAUAGAGAAGAGUACGGCGCUACAAAGGCGUACCUACAUCAAGCAGCAAAAACAUCUCUAGCCACCCAGCGUGGUAACACACUCGGAGAACUGAGAGAUCGAUUAGGUCGUCAUCAGGUUCCCCCCACCCGAUCCCAAACCGAUUGCUACAUACCUGUUCGCGCUUAGUCAGCGCCAACGUCCGAAGCCCCCCAUCACGCGAGAGUUUUAAGCGAACGAGAGGUUUACCUUUUAGUUCCCAUCAUCGGCGGCUCGAUUACGGCAGCACAGGUUCAACGGCUCCGGAUCUGUUUUGUUCGUUCGCUGGGUCGGAAAGCAUAGCACGCAGGGAAGGGUGUGGUGUUGUGCAUUCGGGACUGGGGACACGCGAAAAACCGGUUGGAUCGUCUCCUCCGUGUGCUGUUGGCUGAUCUCUGCUUGCUUACUUGCUUGCUUGCGCGCGUCCAGGUGGGGCAGGCGAGAUCGUUUCAUCGUUCAUUCAAACGAGGGCGGCAUCCAGGCAACAGUGAAUGGGUCAUUUGCGAAACGGAUCUUGUAUCUACGAUAAAUAACAAAAUAUAGCGACUGAAAAACGAGACUUAGAAAGUUCCUAUUUUAUAUCGAAAUAAUCAGAAGGUGAUAUUUAGCUCGAACGAACGGUUGGAAAAUGCUUAUCACGACCAACUAUAGUCAGAAGCAAUACCUAGACUCGCUAUGCGUAACGGAAGCAGAAGACUCUAGCUAUGACAGUGACUGCGAUGGGGAUGACCUGUCUCAUCAGCAAGUGUCACGAACCACCAGUGACACGCUUGGGCAGGAGUUUGCCGAAUAUGUCUGCCAUUCGGAUCACCAGCUGCAACAAUUUCAGGACCGAUCACCCGGAUAUACUCAGCGAGUGGAGUUCGCGUUGAAAUUAGGAUACACUGAAAGGCUGGUCCAGGCAGCUCUGCAACGGUUGGGACCGAACCCCGCCCAGAAUGAGCUACUUGCGGAGCUGAUCAAAUUAGGGUCCCAACCCGGUAUUAAAGGUGCUACAGAGUUCACGGUGGACAGUGGUUUAAGUGAUCCACUUUCAACGGGAUCGUCCGAGUAUGGCGCCCUCAGUUUGUUGCUACCCGUUACGGGGAGCACUUUAGUGAUUGGCGGUAGCUCCAGUGCCAGUGAAGAAUCUCUUCGUCCAAUAGUGAUAGAUGGUAGCAAUGUGGCAAUGAGCCACGGUAAUAAAGAAGUGUUUUCGUGUAGAGGCAUUCGAUUGUGUGUGGAUUGGUUUAAGCAUCGGGGUCACAAAGAUAUUACGGUGUUUGUCCCCAAGUGGCGCAAGGAGAGUGCCCGGCCGGACAACCCGGUCAAGGACGGGGAAAUUUUGAACGAGCUGGAGAAGGAGCGAAUGCUGGUGUUUACACCGUCGAGAUUAGUCGGAGGAAAGCGCAUGGUGUGCUACGACGAUAGAUAUAUUCUAAAGCUCGCUGCCGAGAACGACGGAAUCGUGGUAUCCAACGAUAACUAUCGUGAUCUGGUGCAGGAGAGCUCCGAGUUCAAAAAGGUGGUCGAAGAGCGGGUGCUAAUGUACUCGUUCGUCAACGAUCGCUUUAUGCCGCCCGACGAUCCGCUCGGCCGUUCCGGACCAACGCUGGACAACUUUUUGCGCGUACAGCCCCGAAAAGGCGAUCCGCCACCACCGUGUCCGUACGGAAAGAAGUGCACCUACGGCAACAAGUGUAAGUUUUACCAUCCUGAACGGGGCAGUAUGCCACACAAGUCGGUUACGGAAAGAUUGUCGGAGUAUGCAGCCCGCCAUUUACAGGCUAGAAGUAGUGUGGGUGCAGGAGAAACCGCAGGAAAUACUAUCGGCGGACGCAAUGUAGUACAGGGCAAAUCACUCAGUGUGCCACUGUCGAACAGUAGUAGUGAAACUAGUCCAAUCAAUGAUAAAAGGAAAGCAUUAUGUCGAACAAGAUCCAAUGUACCUCCAGACAGUAGCAGCAUUAAUUUGGGGGAUCAGCUACAACAGCAAUCGCUACAUCCCCAACAGCAACAACAUCCGUACAUGCCAGCACAGAACCGAUCGAACUGGGAUCUUUCACCUCUUUCACCGCUGCCGCACAAUUUAGUCGAUUCACAAGCAUUUCCAAAAUCUCAUAGCAUAGAAAAUAUCUCCAAGGAGACGUACAACCAGCUCCACCAUUCGAAUAGUUACAGUGCAUCACUGUGGAAUCGACAGCAACAACAGCAGCAGCAACAGCAACAACAACAAGUUCAAUCGACGCAACCGGACCCAUGCGACCGCAACCAAGAUCCUAGUGUCAAUCUACACCGCAAGUUACAGCGUCAGCUGACGCUUAAUCCGGCCGGAUGUGAUCCUCGAAUCUAUCAGAUGCAGCGCAAUAAUGCUGCUGGACAGCAGCAAUCUCAGCAUCACUCGGCGGUGCAACUGUCGCCCCAUCGGCCACUGGCGCCCUCUCUGAGCGGAGGCGCCCGUUCAAACCCGGCAGCUCAAUGGGAUUUGCAUCAGAACGUAACUCGCAUUGCAUCAGCACCGGAUCCGUCCCGUCCCUGGCAUACUGGUCCACCGCCAGCUUCGUCGUCGGAGCCUCACAUCAAUCUCUGGCCGCCUCCAACUCAACAGCAGCAGCAACAACAACAGGUGGUAGUUUCCAACAAUGCCAGUACUGGUGGUGUCAUAGGUCCUCCUCUGCCGCCUCCGAAUCCAACGCAUCAACAGUUGCAAGAUCAGCGCCGCCGGUUGCAUUACCAUUUGGCUAGUAUUUUCCCGGAAGAACAGGUGCAGUCAGUAAUGCAAAUGUAUCCUGAUGAAACAAAUCCGCAGAAGAUAUGCGCCGCUAUACUGUCCAUGUUUCCCAAGAUGUAAGAUUCGGUUUACUUAUUGUUGUAUAUACUGCCUAUUGCAAACAAAAGUUUAGGCAAUUUUCGAAUGUUUUUAUUGGUCAAACGAUGUGGCAUCGUUCUACGUACCUCAGCUACGACAAGGCGUUGUGUCCUCCUAGAGGACUUGAAAUAUAUGUUUUCUGUUCUUUUAAAGACGAAAUACUCAGCCAGUGUUACAACUAUUAGUAGGGAUGUAAAUUCAACACUCUAAUAUUUUAGGUGCCAAAAGUCUAUUCCUCUUUUUAGGUAAAAUCAAACGAAGAAACAAGGAUAAAAAAAACAUUGUUCAAAUUAUCGCUUCCAGUCGUUGAGAGAAUUCCAAUUUUAUAAAUCUUAAACCUAUUUAAGACAAACGCAAAACUUAUCUUUAAGGACCAGAAAUUCUAAUCUCAACUACUGCUCUCAGCACAAUUUGCAGCAGCAUUUUCUGUUUUACUUUUACCACAUAUUAAUAUUCUUACACCCAACUAUCUCGAUUGUAAACUAUUUAAUCGAUACUUGUUAGUUCUGUUUUUCUGUUGACUAUAUAUAAAUUGACUAAAAAAAUAAACAAACCAUAACCAAGCAUCUUUCCUCUCAAUUCACUGUAAAACAUCUUGAAAGUUUUCAAUUUAUAAUACGUACUAAAACGGUAUUAGCCUAGCUUUAGAGAGCAUAAUAUGUUAGUCCGUCUGCCACCUUUGACGGAAUCACGACCUCUCCUUCUUUCAUUUUUUGCUUCGAAGGCGAUACGAUAACAAUAAUACAAACAUAUGAAAGGGCAGAAUCAUGAUAGGACAGAUUGGAAGCAGUCAGUUGCGUGUAAUAGUAGACAGCGAAGCCACUCAACUAGAAGCUGAAACCCCAUCAUUUCGUGUAACUUCAUAUUGAAGCACCUUCGUUGCGUUGCGUGGACGAACUUAACUUGUGUGUAUGUGGCGAGCAGCUCAGUCGUCUUCUCUCAGUUCUGUGUUCUAUCAGUAUUGUUCUCCGAUUUGUUUAAAACUUCAUGAAGUGUGGAUUUACUAGGCCGAUCUUUGUAUCCUUCUUUAGAUCAAAACACGACAUCAUUCAGAAUGAAUCCAGUUCACGAAAACAACAGGAAAAAAAAAGUUUCAUGGAAAGGAACGGGCGAGAAUAGUUUUAAAACUUCCUUUAAAUAAUAUUGCAUUCAAAGACAAUUUUACAGUACCAUUUUACUCUGAUAGAUUUGUUCUUAAUGUUUAUAAGAUAAUACCAGGAGUAGACAGGAUGGGCCGAAGGGUAGAUAGUAGACCAAGUGGACAAAUAAAUAUCACCAAGAGAAUGUUGAAAAAGCACGAAAUAAGAUAAAACGGAACUAUCUACAUGCUAUGCAUAUGAAACGUAAAAUGUGUAAAUUUGAAACAUUAUCAUGGAUAUGAGAGAAAGAUGAGUUUAAAAAUAUACAAGGUACAUAUUCAA